AUGAAUAGUUGUCUAAACCGCUUGCCAAAUUUCCAUAAAAAAAUCACUGAAUUGAGAAUUAUUAAAUUGAUUAGCAUGCUUUGGUUCAUAUUAGUAGAGUUACCUCUACGGCUGAUAAAGACACUGAUAUUUGCUCGACCCGCGCAACUCGAGACUUCCUCGAUCCAAGGACGUUAUCAUUAUCAAACUGCCUCGUUAAGCGAUGUAAUGACAGAAGCAUACCUUUCUAAAGACUUCUCACCACUAGAGACAUCGGGGAAAUAUACGAGAUUAUAUUACUCUCCCACGCUUGGACUAGUGGUAUCAUUACUUGUCUUUGGCACUGUUCUGAGAUUGAAUUUCCUGAGAAAGACGCAGUUGGGAUUAAAGAGCAGUUUCCCAGUAAGAGCACCAAGAAAGAGAUUACUUGAUGUGCGAAACAUUCCAGUCGAGUACGAUGAAGAGUUAAACACUUGGUGUACUUUGAACUGUUCAACUGCUAAAGGGCGGAAAAGCGCUAUGGGGAUCCCCAGGCUAGGAUUACCUCAACAGACGGUCCAAUCAGGUACAAUCGCCAGAUCACUCAUUUUCCAACCCACAAGAAACUGA